UUGCGGAGAGCUGGAACUCCCACUUCGUCUCCUUCAUCAUCUUCCUAGUCUUCUUCCAUGGCUUCCUUUGCCUUAAUCUCUCCCUCACCACGCUCGCUUCCUCUUCCCGUUCACAGUCCCUUGCAAUUUCGGCGUCCAAUUUCGAUUUUACGUGCUUCGCUGAGCGCUCCUUCGCCAUCGUCCCCUGAAUCAAAAGCACAAUCUCCAGUUGUUUCUGCGGCUACUUCUUCUUCUUCAUCGUCGACGCCUUUCGUUGAAUCAAAGUCUCCGGAACCGAGCUUGAAAUACGCAGUCGCAAAUCCCAAUGGAAGCCCCUUUAUUCGGCUUCUUCGAUCUUCCGAGUCUUCCAUUGAAAGGAUUAUUUUCGACUUCCGUUUCUUGGCACUCUUUGCCAUCGCAGGCUCCUUGGCUGGUUCGUUAUUGUGCUUUCUAAAUGGCUGUACAUAUAUUGUUGAUGCAUACAAAGUAUAUUGGUCGAGCUGUGUUAAAGGGAUUCACACUGGACAAAUGGUCUUGCGACUGGUUGAAGCAAUUGAUGUCUAUCUUGCUGGGACUGUUAUGUUGAUAUUUGGCAUGGGCUUAUAUGGAUUAUUUAUAAGCAAUGUACCUCCUAAUGCUCCACCCUCUUCUGAUCGUGCCCUUACAGGAUCUUCUUUGUUUGGAAUGUUUGCCUUAAAGGAGAGGCCUAAAUGGAUGAAAAUCAGCUCACUUGACGAAUUGAAGACAAAGGUGGGGCACGUUAUUGUGAUGAUUCUUCUGGUGAAGAUGUUUGAGAGGAGCAAGAUGGUAAAAAUACACACGGGAACGGAUCUGCUAAGUUAUUCAGUCUGUAUUUUCCUAUCAUCUGCUUCUUUGUAUAUCCUCCAUAACUUGCAUAGGGAAGAAUAGGAUGUCAGACAAAUAUAGUAAAUAUUGUAGUUGUAUAAUAUUUGGCUUAUACGGGCAACUGCAAGUAUCUAGAACGAUGAUCAACUAUCAAUAUGACAUCGUGUAAUUGAGAGAUGUGGCUUCUCUGUAGCUCUCACUACUUCUGUUGGUUUAUUUUGGUAAGUUUGUUAGGUUGUACGUUUUGGUAUUUUUUGAGUUUCUUUUUUAUUUUUUAAAGCUUUGGUUAUUAGUGGGUGUAAUUGAUUUUCUUGGUGAUCAAUAAAAUGGACUUGUCAUUUGGCCCAAAAAAA